GCACCGGUGAGGAUGGAGCCGGCCAAGCUCCCCCCCAGCAAGAGGAUGGCCCCCGCUCCCCCCGUCCCUGCCAAGGCCAAACCAGCCCUGAUACCAGCCAGCAAGCCCGGCGGCCCCCAGCCCUGCGCCUCAGCCGACACGGAGUGGGGCAGAGCCAGCGACGCAGAUGCUGAUGGCUUCAACGCGGUGCCGGUCACCACGAUGAAGCUGAGCCACCCCACUGCCACACGCCCGCGGGUGCCAGGCCAGCGGCCGCCCAGCCUCGCCCUGGGGGGUCCCUGCGAGGGGGAGCAGCCCCCGGCCGGGCUCUGUGCCCCUCUCCCACGGAGCACGGAGGUGCCGGUGGCACCACGGCCCGAGGAGCGGCUGGCCCUGGAGGAUCUGAAGGCCGAGGUCCGCUCCCUGCACAUCCUCGUGGACCUGAUGCGAGUCCAGCACCUGCGGGACCUGGCGGACAUGCGGCAGGAGAUGUGCCAGGAGCGGGCCAAGCGCCAGGCGCUGCAGGCAGAGAUCGAGCGGGUGAGGAAGGUGCUGCCCUGCUAGCACGGUGCGGGGCUGCGGUGCCCACCCCUCUGCAGCCCCAGGGAUGUGGGGCAGGCGGGUGGCACAGGGUGCUGGGUGCCAUGUGGGUGCUGCGCCCUGUGCCCCCCCCUCCCCGACCCCGCUGCCCCCAGCUCAGCUUUCUGCAGCGAGGCCCCCGAGGCUGCGCAACAAUCCCUGGGUGUAGAGAUAAAGUUGAAAAUAAACUAUUUUGGGCGCAGA